AUGGCGCCCUCGCCACCUGCUGACAGGACAACCCCCGACCACGAUGGAGGCGAGUUUCACCGUAAACCUAAGAGAAUGCGACAAAGCCAAAUGUCCGAUGCCACGCGAACAUCCCGAUUGACUGAGAACAAGCGUCGCUACCGAGCGCGCCAGAAAGAGUAUGUGGCAGAUCUAGAACGAAGGCUCGCAGAAGCGCGAGUCCAGGGGAUAAACGCGACGACAGAGGUACAAUUGGCCGCUAGAAAAGUUGUCUCAGAGAACGGCCGACUUUGGGAACUCCUGCGGCUAGCCGGCUUCGCCGAUGAAGACAUUGAUGUGUGGGCGAAGCGCGAGCACGGGGGAAUGCCUGAAGAGACAGGUUGUACUCGAAGGCGAGAAGUGGAGCAGAAGGCCCGGCUCUGUGCGACGCUUGUAGCCGGCCACAAGAGGUCGACUAUGGAAGGGGAGAAGCCGGGCCCGUCGCGCAAAAACGGCAGAAAGAGGGAGAUGCGAGUGGUCGAGAAUACACCAGAGAGUGCAGACACCCCAUCCAGCACCAGCGAGCCGGCCGUUACGCCUAGGCCCUUUACAAGUUCAGGCUCGGAUGCAGAAAUGGCCACCUGCCCGGCACCCGCAACGGGUGAGCCUCCUGCUGCUGCGCAGUCACAGCCAGAGGGUUGCGCCUCUCUCGGCGGAGAGGUCAAGCCAUGCAAACUUCUCUCACUUCUCGCCGAGAAUCCGACUGCGGAUAUCACGCAGGUCUCGGCCCUUCCAAGCUCAGUUGACCCCCCUCAGGGUACCGUACAUGGUGAAGGAGACGUUGAGUGCGGAAAGGCGUAUGAGAUGCUCAUGCGGUAUGCAACAUCCGAAGAGAAAAUGGAUUACGUUGCUCGAGCAUUGGAAACCGGCUGCAGCUCGACGGGGAAGGGUGCUUGUGCCGUGAAAAAGAAAGUUAUUUGGGAAGCUCUCGAUGGUAUGUGUGGAUGA